ACUAAAAACAUGCAAAUAUUUACAAAAGAUAUAAAACAUAAUACUAUUUCAGAAGCAUAUAUAAAGUAUCUUAAAUUAGCUACUAAUUAUUAUGAAUCAAAUAAUUUAUUAAAUAAAGUGCCUAGUGAUAUGAAUAGUAAAGAUAUUUUUUCUAGUUUUGUGGCUCAAGAACAUUUAAACCAAGAUGACAAUAAUAUUGCUAACU